AUGAAUUCACUCAUCCUCGAGAGCUUAAUGCCCAGAGGCCAGCAGGGAGACCUGGUGGCUCGAUUGACCAGCUCAUCAGAACUUGAUAUCGAUCCUCUCCCAAGAAUCCAAAGACAAGGCUUGAUCGCAAUCUCGAUCAUGGCUUUCUUGUCACUCAUUGCAACUGCGACUUUGCUCGGAUUCAUUACUUUUCGACUCAUUUUCUGGCGUUCAAGCUACCAACGAUACAUCGGUUACAACCAAUACGUCAUUCUCAUCUAUAACUUGGUCUUGGCCGAUUUCCAACAGUCACUCGCUUUCAUCAUCAACCUACGAUGGAUUCUUUCGAACAAGAUUGAGUCUGGCACGGCUGCCUGUUUCUUACAGGGCUUCUGGCUUCAGGUUGGAGAUCCUGGUUCCGGUCUUUUCGUGCUUGCCAUUGCUUUCCACACUUUCCUUUUGGUCGUAUGGGGACGUAAAAUGUCCCACAAGGUCUUUGUCUCCUUCGUUGUUGGUAUCUGGGUCUUCAUUGCCUUGAUUGUCAUUAUUCCACUGGCUAUGUAUGGCGGCGACGUGUUCACGCCCUCGGGUGCGUGGUGCUGGAUUAGCGAGGACUACGAGACGGUCCGUCUAUGGACUCACUAUAUCUGGAUUUUCUUGGCCGAGUUCGGCUCUGUCGCCCUCUACGCCGUCAUGUUCUUCCAGUUGCGCCGACAGAUCAAGGCCUCCUCUAUCCUGGGUAACAGCCAGCUGGAGAGUUUCAAGCGGUUGCGUCGUGUAGUCGGAUACAUGACCAUCUACCCCAUCGUCUACAUCGUUCUGUCUCUCCCUCUCGCCGCCGGUCGUAUGGCCACUGCCAACGGAGACCCCCCGAACAUCACCUUCUUCUGUUGCGCCGGUGCUAUCAUCACCAGUUCCGGCCUGGUCGAUGUCGUCCUGUACACUCUCACCCGUCGCAACCUGAUCAUCGACUCCGAGCCCAGUCACGACCGCUCCUACAACAAGUUCGCCAGCAGCAAGGGUCGCAAGGGCGAUACUCACCUCACUACCAUUACUGCCGACCCUCCCAUGAAGCGCAAGGGCAUGGGCGGCACCAUCAACGACGACAUGGACCACCGCGACGGCUCAACCGACAACAUCGUUCAGCCCAGCAACCACGAAAUGGCCCCUAUCGGAAAGGUGUACCAAGAGACGACCAUUGAAAUCACGCACGAGCCCGCCUUCCCCGAAGACGAGGGAGAAAGCGCCUCGCGCUCAAGCAAGGAUGAUUUCGGUGAGGUCUCGGGUCACGGCUGGAGGCGAUGA